ACACUUCGUGACAGUUUUCCUUGUUGCUGUUGCAGUCUGCCCGGCACAGAUAACCCUGAGUCUGCCUGUCAGGGAGCCGAUUCGCGCAUGCGCUCUGUCGCUUGAUCCGCUUGUUUCCAGCGGCGCUGCUUGCUGCUGAGAGCACAGCCGGGUAGAGAGAGAGGAAGCCGGCAACAACAGCGGAGAACAGUCCGGGCAGUGAACCGGGGACUGUACAUACCAGCACAGGGCCAGCGUUUCCACACAGCUGGAAUACAAAACAAAUAACCCCACACACGCUCGGGAUCAGCACCGGCGCAGCGUGGCGCAGUGUCUGUUACUUUACAAAGACCGGGCCGGUCUCUCUCCGCCGAAACUGUAGCCUGGGACGCGGGCAGCGAAGGAGGAUGUGCUCGGCGAUGUAUGCUUUGACCACUCUCGGCGGGUACGUGCUGACCUCGGUCGUGCUGUUCAAGUGCCCGUCGCUGUUGCACCGGAGGAAGAAGGAGACGUUUCGGAGUCGCCACAUCUCCCAUCGCGGCGGUGCCGGAGAGAACUUGGAGAACACAAUGGCUGCCUUCAAACACGCGGUGGAGCUGGGCACAGACAUGCUGGAGCUGGACUGUCACAUGACCAAGGACGAGGAGGUGGUCGUGUCACAUGACAAGAACCUGAAGCGGUCGACGGGGGUCAGCGCUAACAUCUCGGAGCUGACCUACGCUGAGCUGCCACCAUAUCUGUGCAAGCUGGACGUCUCUUUCCAGAGAGAGUGCAGCUGUGAGGGAGGGGAUGACAAGCGCAUCCCUCUGCUGAGCGAGGUGUUCGACGCCUUCCCAAACACCCCGGUCAACGUCGACAUCAAGGUGAACAACGACACACUCAUCAGGAAGGUGUCAGAACUGGUGACCAAGUACAACCGGGAACACCUGACCGUGUGGGGUAACUCCAGCAGCCAGAUAGUGGAAAAGUGCUACAAGGAGAACCCCCGAAUUCCACUGCUGUUCAGCCUGCAGAGGGUGCUGUUUCUGGUGGGGCUCUUCUACACCGGUCUGCUGCCUUUCGUGCCCCUGCGAGAGCAGUUCCUGGAAAUCCCCAUGCCUUCCAUCAUCACCAAGUUUAAAGACCCUCAGACGAUGACAAGGCGUCAGCGAUUGAUGACGUGGCUGGCAGACACGCUGCUCAUGAGGAAAGCCUUAUUCAGUCACCUGCAAGCACGAGGGAUCCAGGUUUAUGUCUGGGUGCUGAACGAUGAAGAAGACUUCAAGCGUGCUUUCGAUCUGGGGGCGACAGGAGUGAUGACAGACUACCCCACCAAGCUGAAGGAGUUCAUGGACAGAAACUGCUGCAGCUAGAGCAGCCCCCCACCCUCCUCCCCUCACACAGUCACCUUUCUGUCCCUGGUGACUCUGAAGCAGCAGCAAUGCCCCCGCCCCCCAGGCACGUUAGAGGAUAUUGUGAUAUGUCUUUUUUUUUACCUCAUUUUAGUCUGUUAAAGUGUAAGUAUUUGAAAUAAGGUUUUAAUUUUAUUUUGAUCUUGAGUUUAAACAGCCUGUUAAAACAAUGUUAGAUGUGUACAUGUUAAAGACUAGAAAAAGGCUGUAGCUGGAUUUGAUCACUAGCUGGCACUUAGGUUGUAAAUUUCUAUCAACCCAAUUUUGUUCACCUAACAGCGUUCUAGUGUAGCUGUGCAGCUGGUUUUAAGCCUUAUUCAGUGCUGAGGUGAAACAGAAACAGCAAUCGAUUCCCUCGUUCCAAGUCACUUCAGCACAGUAUUUUCUGCAAAGAGGAAAUCAAAGACCAGGCGGUCAGUCAGGAGUCUGCAGACAGCAGUGGAUUUAGCUUGGUAGAGCCACUCUGCUAAAUGAUUACAAACAGAGAGAAGGUUGUCUCCACUGUAAGGUGCCUUUUCAUUUAGUUUCAUUCAGGUCUCAGGAGAGCUGCAUGUUAAUUCUAUGUCUGGCCCCUUGGCAUUGCAGCAUUGUGAAUGGUUUGAUAAGCAAGGAUCAGGUGAAACCCAGUUAUCCUGCACAACAUAACAGGUGUGAUGGUAGCGCUCCACCCCCCAUUCCCAGGUAAUCUGAGCUUACCAGACCCUCUCUACAAAUGCUGUUCAGAUUGAACAACAGAAGGUUAUUACAUUAUGGAAUUCUCCUGGAACCAAGAAUAAAAUAUCCUAGCAACAACAGUGGAAUGAAACAUCCAUGCCAUCUUAAUGCCUGCCUGUACUGCUGCUAUUCCAACAGCAGGUGGCAGCACCAGCUAUUGCAAGCCACAGUCAAACACAGUCUUCAUUUACAUCUGACAGACAAUGCACCCUUAGUGCAACCUGUAAUAAGGUAUAGGUAAGCAUUGGAAAACCCAGAGAGGUACGGUAAAGUAUGUUACAAAAUAUUACAAUGGUAAACCAUUGGAAAUACAUAGACUAACCAUGGGAAAAGCAAAGGUUUACAAUGGUGAAGUUUUCUAUGGCUGUACACGCAGUCGUUGAUCAGAGUGGACUCUACAGACAGGUUGUAUUCAGUGCAAUUUACAUUGUUAAACUGCUUUCCCUGAAGUAGGUCCCCAGUGUAACUGAAGCAGGGUGUGUUCAGCGCUGUAAUAGCUGUGUCAUUCCCUUGAGUAGGUUCUCCAGCUGAUCCUGUGUUAGAAUAGAAAGUGCUACAGGGAGGGCUUGCCGUUGUUCAGAUAUGUGUGAGCCGUGGCACCCCAGGGAAACGCUGCACUGGCAGUGCUGGCUGUACCUGUGGAUGCUGCAGGACUGGGCUGAGAAGUGAGAAGCAGCAGCUAGUGUGCAAGCCGGGUGCUGCUUUUAAGGUAGAACUAUGAAGAUAAACAGGCUUUGUUUUGGUACUAUAGAUCGACACAUGCUUUCUUUUUUUAAAGGUGGAAUUGUGUAGUGACUGUUUUAAAGAUGUUGUUGGGGUUCUUGGUAAUGCAGAGUUUAUAAUGUAGGGUUGUUUUAUUUCGGUCUCGUGUGUGUUUUGUUUGUUUUUGUGGUUGGGAAUUGGUUUUUUAAAAGAGUUAAGAUCUAAUCUCCACCGAGAGGUAGCUCUGGGGUUUAGGGUUACCCCUGUGUCCCGCUCAAGACCGACCCCUUUUUAAACAUGUGUUCCCAUUAAAAGAAUAGUUAAAUAAUCAGUUAUGUAAUGAGUAAUUAAGCAAAACAGAUGGGGGAGGGGAAUCUAAUGCACUUUGAAGUUCAUGAAACUGAUUUAAACUAUUGUUUGCUUCUUCAGCUACAGCCUACAGGAAAGUGUUCACUCUUUAAAUAACUUGGAUACAUGCCUGUGUUCUAGGAGAUCUCUGUCAUGUUUGAUUUCUAGGUACCAUGCAAUAAGGAUUGACCGUUCAACAUCCUUACAUGCUUUCUGUUGCAUUAAUAAAGUAUUCUGAGGUUGUGCCAUUUCACACAAGGAAUAAACGUGUUCACACGAGAAGCAGCAGCCUGCUGUGUGUCUGGGAUGUAGGGCUUGUUAAACUCUUUCCACCACUGCAGCUGCACAAGCUUUCUCUCCAGCCACGAUGCACACCAAGAGUAAGCUGCCCUUACAACCAUCUCCCUGGGCAGCUCAUCUUAGUAGAAACUGAGAGCAGUCAGAUCCACACCAUAGCCUGAGUGCUCAACCCCCUUCCCUGCUCAACCCCCUUCUCUGCUCCCACUCUCGUCAGGCGAGUGUACUCAUGCACUUUGAUUUCAUGAGGAAGCCCUGCAGACUCCCUGGUAUUAAGAGGUACUGUGUGCGAGACUCGAAUGCUACAAUGCCAUCCAAGCUACAAGAAUGUAUAAUGUAUAAUACCACAGUAACAUAAAUAACUGAAUUUCCUAGAAAUGUAUCCAUACAAUAGUUUUCUAAAUAUUUUGUAUGUGUGUAAUGUAUAUGUAGAAUUGAUAUUAAAUAAUGCCUAGAGUGUCA